GAGGCGCUGAGGAGGAGCCGCCGCCGCCACUCGCUCUGCUCCAGCCCCAGCGAGCCCGGAGGCGGCAGAGGAGCCCCGGCAGCCCGGUACCUGCUGCAGGAAGGGACAGAACAAGAAAGCACCAUGUCUUCAGUCUCAGCUUAUUACAAUGGAAAGACUGUACUUAUCACAGGAGCUACAGGUUUCAUGGGCAAAGUACUGGUGGAAAAACUUCUGCGCUCCAGCCCUGAAGUGAAAGCAGUUUAUAUUCUUGUCAGGCCAAAGGCUGGACAGUCAAUGCAAGAGAGAGUGGCCAACAUGUUGAAAUGUAAGGUCUUUGACAGGGUCCGAGAAGAUUGCCCUAAUUUCCAUGAGAAGAUUAAGCCUAUUAAUGCUGAACUCACUCAGCCCAAGCUGGCCAUCAGUGCUGAAGACGAGGAGGAGCUUCUGACCCGGGUCAAUGUUGUCUUCCACUGUGCAGCCACAGUUCGCUUUGACGAACCCCUCAAACAUGCCCUGCAGCUGAACGUGAUGGGCACACAGCGGCUCCUCGAGCUGGCCCGGCAGAUGCAGAAUCUCGAGGCCUUCAUCCACAUCUCCACUGCCUAUGCAAACUGCGUCCGGAAGUGCAUCGAGGAGAUCAUUUACCCACCCCCAGCCGAGCCCCAGAAGCUCUUUGAUUUAGUAGAGUGGCUGGAUGAAUCUAUCAUUCAAGACAUCACACCCAAGCUCCUUGGGGAGUGGCCCAACACUUACACCUACACCAAAGCCUUGUCAGAGUACCUGAUUCAGCAAGAGAAAGGAAACUUGAACGUUGCUAUCAUCAGGCCGUCCAUUGUGGGAGCCAGCUGGCAUGAGCCUUUCCCAGGUUGGAUUGACAACUUCAAUGGGACCAGUGGAAUAUUUAUUGCGGCAGGCAAAGGGAUCCUGCGGACCGUCAUUGCCAACAACGAAGCGGUGGCAGACAUGAUUCCUGUUGACGUUGCCAUCAACCUGACUCUGGCAGCUGGGUGGUACACAGCUGUGCACAGGCCAAAAAACUUGUUGGUGUACAACUGUACAACAGGGGGAAUUAACCCUUUCUUCUGGGGAGAAAUGGGGCAGUACGUCAUGUCCACGUUCAAAAGGAACCCCCUGGAGCAGGCCUUUCGAACACCCAAUGCUCACAUGACCUCCAGCUACUUGAUAAACCAGUACUGGAUCACUGUCAGCCACAAGGCACCUGCCAUCCUCUAUGACCUGUACAUGAGGCUCACAGGGAGAAAGCCCAGAAUGAUGAAGAUCAUCAAUCGGCUGCACAAGUCUAUGACACUCCUGCAGUAUUUCUCCACCCAGUCCUGGAACUGGUCUUCGGAUAAUAUGAAUAUGUUAAUGAGUCACCUUAACACAGAGGACAAAAAGUUAUACAACUUUGAUGUUCGCCAGCUGCACUGGUCAGAGUACAUCGAGAGCUACUGCAUAGGUGCUAAGAAGUAUUUGCUAAAUGAGGACAUGGCUGGCAUUCCAGCAGCAAAGCAGCAUCUACGCAAGCUGAGGAACAUUCGAUACGCAUUCAACACCACCCUCCUUGUGAUCAUCUGGCGCAUCUUCAUUGCAAGGUCACAGAUGGCUCGAAACAUCUGGUACUUUGUGGUGAGCCUCUGCUACAAGUUCCUGUCCUACUUCAGGGCAUCCAGCACCCUCAGGCACUGAAGCCAUCCAUCAGCAACCAGCCUCUUCCAGAAGGACCUCCAUCUCCUCUAAUCAGAAACUGUGGGCAUCGGGGUCUGAAAGUAGCAGAAAAAUCCACUCCGUCGAACAGCAGCUGGCAUUUAUUGUGCACUGUUACAUGCUCACCUUUUUAAUUUUAACUAAUGCUUUAAUACAUGGUGGUCUUUCUUCCAUAGGACCAGGCCAAUUUUUAAAGCCAUAACUGAAGCUUUAGGAACAGGUCAAGCUGGGACCCUUCAUCUAGAAUCUGAUGUGCAAGAGUAAGGAUUAACCAAAGUCAUUGUCUUCCCAUGUACUACUCCCUAGGCUAUCUUAAUUCUAUCUUCCUCAAAAGAAUCAAAUGUAAAGCAUGACCUUGGAAGACAAGGAUGCCACCAGAGAAGACCCAGCCAAGGAAGUUAACCUGUAAGAGGUCUUCCUAAAGCAGCUGUUCCUUCAUUCUCAUUCAGUGAAAUACUAUCUUAUUGAAAAAAAAAAAAAAAUUGCACCUUCUCAGUUCUUCUAAACUUUAGGAAGGGGAAAGAUCAGUCAUAUGAGGCCAGUGAACACAGGGAGCAAUUUUCAGAUCUUGUCUUUUAUUGCUGCUGAGGACUGAUGCUUUCAAGCCAUACCUGAAGACACACAUAAAAUUCAUGCACCUGUGUUAACUCAUAAGCUGCUUUCUUACAGGAAGGUGUUCUUUUCUCCCUGUAGUUAAGGUAUUAAAAAAUUCCUGGUCUUGCAUCUAUCACAUUUGCUUGGAACAUUUUUGGGGUCUUGAAAAAUGCUUUAUUAACCCUGAGAAUGAAGAGAAGACUUCAUUAAAAUCAGAAGAAUACAGAAACCCAUCAUUAUUUUUGAAGUAUAGGUCUUUUUUUCCUCUGCAGGAAACCUCUCUCCCUGCAGCUCAAAACCAGCCUGAUACUAGGCUUUCAUUACAGCUAAAUAACUUUGCAGUUGAUCAUUUCCACUGGCAAAGAAAUGUAAAGACACACAUGGAGGAAACAUCAUUGGGCCUGUUCUGCUGCCACUCCUGUCAGGAGGCAUUAAAAGUCUGAAACUUGUUUUUUUUGAGAAUAGUUUAAAUGUUGGAUUUAAUGAUCUUAAAGGUCUUUUCUGACCUAAGCAGCUCUUUGAUUCUUUGACUUCUCUAUAAGAACAGUCAUGCAACUGUGAAGGUAAUGUACUUUGUCCUGGAGUUUACAAUUUUCAGAAUUUGAUUUUUCAGAGUUUUAGAAUUAAAUUGUAAUUUAGAAAGGACACCAAGGACCUUCCCAAUGCUCAUGGCUGUUGGAGAUCCUUAUUUCUUGUAGUGAAUUGUAAAUUCCUGUGGGGGCAGAGAGAGAGAGCCUUCUUCAAAGUAGCUGGUGGAACAACAGCAAUAAAGUUACUGUGUUGUCAGAUUUUCAGAGUAAAAUCUUACACCAAAAUAUUUUUUAUUCAGAUAACACUGAAUAAGCAUUUUUAAGAUGAUCAGUCCUCAGUGCAGCACCCAGUUUCUCUAGUCUUGUGUCAUGCCAGCUGUCUGAAAAAGUAAUGCUACAUAAAAACCACAACAAAGUGACACAGGUGCUCUUUUGUGAGCUGAGAAUAGCAGAAUAUUUACAAACCUGGCAUUCCUCAAAAAUUAUACUUGGUCUUGGUAGUGAAGGUAAGAGCAAACUUCGAGUGUAUUUAUACCUGAGCACUUCAAGCUGGUUCAGAAACCUUUCUAAAGGUUGAAGGAAUUAAUCUUUCCCCCUAUGCCCCAGAGGUCUUGUUCCAAGCAAUUGCCAAAGGAUGCCUGCAGCAGAACCUGACCAGAAAUGUGGUGUCCAGGAUGGCAGGACUCUAGCAUUGUCUGCCACUGACCUGUGUGUUUGUCACACACUGCUUUUGAUCUGUGCUUAACUAGGUCAAGCCAGUUUACAAAGAUGCAAAUUUCUGAAGCUCUUGCCUUGGAAAUGUGCAUCCUGAAACUAGUGAAACUGGCUGUUGUGUCUGAGUUUUCCAGCUUCAGGACAUGCUGUGCAAGGUGUCACCACCUGGGAAACCUGGAGCUAUGUGUUCAGAGGCUGGGGACUGGUUCACUGUCCAGUGCUGCCAGAGCAAUGCUGUGGUGAAGGUUGUGGCACUGUACUUUGCUACCUUGGUGAUGGUGAGGCAGGUUGAUGCAGGGAUUCCUCCAGGAAGACUGCAUUCCCUCAGUUACAUAAUCGGGUCAUCAGGCAGCUCACAG